AGCUGUUCCGCGGGAUCGAUAGAUGUCGGUGGGAGUCGCUUUAUUUUCGACAUCGUACAAUAUACAUAUAGCUACAUCAUAACGGUAUCCGUAGUAAAAUCACUUCGGGUACCCAAUGCGCUAGUUUCUUUCAUGGUCCGCGGUCUUUUUGAUGUCAUCGUUCGUAAACCCGGGUCGAUGAACGAAUUCGGUAUUAAGAUGACGAGAAAAUUAUGCAAUGCGAAUUAUAUUGACGCAUCCUUAUUUAUUUAUGGUAGUCGGAAAUAAAUUCCGACCCAAAAUGCGUAAAAUUCCGUAAAGGGAAGGAUUGUGCUGUUGUGUUUGUUUUCGGUGUUUCGGUGGAAACGAUGGCUAAUUCUCCAACGAGCAUUGAGACGCAAAUAGACAGUUUCUUGGAGCAAUUUAAGAGAAGCGCCUCUAAGGCUAUGGAGGAGCGAAUAGAGUGGCCUGACGGUCCAUCUCCUGGGGCGGUGGUGAAGUCUCGCAGCAGCUGCUUCGCGCUGGACACUGCAGCUGACGCGGGCUGCGAUGACUGCGGCGAGGAUGAAGGCCGCAUGGUCUCAGAGCUGCUGCUGCCGCAGUACGCGCUGGCCACGGGCGGGCUGGCGCGCGACCACCGCCCGCUCAUCACCUUCCCUGACAACAACAACUUCCACCUCCUCACGGCGCCGGAGUACCGCCGCCUGCUGCUGUACCUCACCUCUGUGCCCUCAUUGUUAGAAGCCGACAUGGGGUUCCACAUAAUAAUAGAUCGAAGAAAGGACAGAUGGAAUUCAGUCAAAACAGUAUUAAUAAGGAUCUCAGAAUUUUUCCCGGGCAUCAUCCACACAGUAUACGUGCUCCGACCAGCCAGUUUCCUCCAGAAAGCGCUCUCUGAAGUGAGCAGCAAGCUGUUCAAAGAAGAGUUCCGUUUCCGGGUGCUGGUGUGCUCAUCAGUUGAGGAGCUGUAUGAACACUUUGACCGGUCGCAGCUCACGCCGGACCUUGGUGGAGAGCUGCAGUACUCGCACGCUGAGUGGAUACAGCAGAGGAUUGCCUUGGAAAUGUUCUCAACACUAAUGAAAGAGAUCUCAAGCAAGCUGGACGAAUUUAUGCACGAAAUAGUGGAUUGCGACAUGGGGAACGAUCCGACACAAACCAAAGAAUUAUUAGACUGCCAGGAAACUAGGUAUAAAGAGUUGAAGGCGGAACUGGCGGCGGCGACCACGCAAGGCGAGGAGCUGCUGACGCAGAUGAGGAAACCAAAUCUAACGUUUAUUAGUAAUAUUAUAAGUCAUGUGGCCGCUGUUGAGAGGUUACUAGUACAACUAGAAGAGACUGAAAAACAAUUCGACAAUUUUUGGCAAAAACAUUCCACAAAAUUAAACCACUGGCUUCAAUUUAGGACAUUUUUAUUAAAUUUCAAACAAAUGCAGGCUACGUUAGACAAUCAUCUAAAGGCAGCAUGUGACAUGACCGAGGUUGGAGAAACGGCGAGUAGAGUGGAAAGUCUAAUUCAAGAGGCUAUUGAUUUCGAGAAACUUUGCAACUGUGAUCUAGAUACUGCUGCAUCCGUUAUAGACGACGGAGAGAAGCUAAUGCAGGACCCCCUCAGUUCAGUAGACCACAUAGAGUCCAAGUGCGAGGAGUUGCGGCGCACCAGUGCGCUACUCGCGGACAAGAUACAGAAACGGACGCAGCUUCUAAAUAAGGCGAGGGAACUCAUGGACAGGAUAGACAAGGCCAACGAUUGGUGCGCGUCCGGCGUAGAGAUCCUGGCCGGCGAGGGCGGCCUCAUCGCCGUGGACAAGCUGCUUGAAGACGCGCAGGGCUUCGGCCUCAGCGCGCCCGACCUCUUCCGCGAAGCGCUGCUGCAGUCCGCCACGCAGGAGACCAAGGCGCUGGUCGCACAGGUGGCCCAAAGGGUGGAAGAUGUUUGGCUAAUGGCUACAGUGAAGCGAGCGACACUUCAGCGUGCCGCGGCCAAGCCCGCGCGGCCCGUGCAGUCCGUGCCUCCGACCACCGUGCCAGCUGUCAACACACAGAUGGAGACGUCAGGCGGUUCAGAGAGCUCGAGCGGCGAGGACGCGGAGGCGCGGCGGUCACGGCGCGGGCACGUCCUUGCGGAGCUGCUGCAGACCGAGCGGGUCUACGUGCAGGAGCUCGGCUCCAUACUCACUGUAAGAAUACUUUUAUAG